GUUGUCGGCAUAAGACUGUCGCUUGUAUGAGAAGAGCUGCGUUCCCGCUAGCGAUUAUAAAUCGGACACCGCGUCGGGCUCUCCCCGUGGGGCUAUAAAAGUUGCACUCUGUUGUAAGUGUAAGGCAGUCGUCAUUGCUGUCAGUUCACACAAAUUUUAGGUACUUGAGUUCGUUAUCGACCAUGACUAAUUUCAAAUACCCAAUCGCACGCCGGGCCGACGUGAAGGACUGCCUCCAUGGAAAAAUGAUUGAAGAUCCAUACCGAUGGAUGGAAGACCCUGACGCCGCCGAGACUAAGGCUUUUAUUGAAGCCCAGAAUGAGAUCACGAAGGAAUACCUACAGGAUUGUCCCUACCGGGACCAGAUACGGCAAAAGCUUACUGAGCUCUGGAAUUACCCUAAGUGCACUACUCCGUACAGGAGAGGCAACUAUUAUUACUACUAUCAUAAUGAUGGACUACAAAAUCAGUAUGUAUUAUACCGUAAAAAGCAACUCAAUGCUCAGCCGGAAGUAUUUGUCGAUCCCAACCUGUUGUCUGAAGACGGCACAAUCUCGUUAGGAGAAACUGCUUUCUCGGAGGAGGGUACGUACUUCUGCUACGGCCAAUCAGAACAAGGAUCUGACUGGGCGACACUCUACAUCAAAGACGUGAAAACUAAAAAAGAUCUCCCGGAGAAACUAGAGAGGUUUCGCUACUCUUGUGUGGCCUGGACCAAGGACGACAAAGGAUUCUUCUACGGACAAUUUCCCGAUUUCACAGGAAAGAUGUCUGGGACGGAAGCCAAGGUUGCUGAAAACCAGAAGUUGUUCUAUCAUCGUUUAUACACGUCACAAGAAGAGGACUUACUUUGCGUUGAGUUUCCUGAACAACCACAGUGGUUGAUGUCGCCCUCGGUGUCAGAGUGUGGCAAAUACCUCAUUCUUACCGUCAGCGAAUCAUGCAAGGAUAACCAGAUAUAUGUUGCCGAUAUUUCCGCGGGUGUCAACGGGGUCGUGGAUCUCACAUGUGUUUAUGGGACGUUCGACUGCACCUUCGAGUAUAUCACUAACGAUAACAGUAUUUUCUAUUUUCGCACGAAUAAGAAUCGACCAAAUUACGGUGUUAUUAAGUUGGACAUCAAGAAGCCAGAUGAAUGGUUAGAUGUGGUUCCAAACCACGAAAAGGAUGUAAUCGACUGGGUGGACUGUGCAGAUGGAAAUAAACUUAUUGUCGCCUAUAUGAAAGAUGUGGUUAGUGUGAUCAAUGUCCAUGAGCUUCAAAGUGGGAAGUUCCUGCAAACACUUCCUUUCGAUGUUGGUACUAUUGAAGGAAUGUCAGGCAAACGAAAAUACUCCGAGACCUUCUUUAAAUUCGAAUCGUUCAACACGCCCGGCAUCAUCUAUCGAUGCGAAAUUGACAAGGCGCCAAAAGCCUGUCUGGAAGAGCAAAAUCGACUCAAGCUCACUGGCCUGUUGACAACUGACGACCCUGUUGUCAAGCAAGUUUUCUAUGAAAGUAAGGAUGGCACGAAAGUGCCUAUGUUUAUUUUGCGUGACAAGGACGCUCGCCUCGAUGGAAACUCCCCAUGCCUUUUGUACGUGUACGGCGGGUUCAAUUCUGCUAUACAGCCAUAUUUCUCGGUGUUCCGGAUGAUGCUGGUGAAAGUACUGGGCUUUACGGUAGCCGUUGCUAAUGUCAGGGGAGGCGGUGAAUACGGCGAAAAGUGGCAUAAUGCAGGCAGGUUGAAGAACAAGCAAAACACGUUCGAUGAUGUACAUGCCGCGGCAAAAUACCUUGCGGAUAAUGGCUACACGAAAAGUAGUCGACUAGUACUGAUGGGUGCUUCCAACGGCGGAAUGGUUACGGCAGUUUGUAUCAAUCAACGACCAGAGCUUUUCGGUGCCGCUGUCGCAAUGGUGCCGGUUACGGAUAUGUUUCGCUUCCACAAGUUUACUGUCGGCGCUCAUUGGGCCUCGGAUUACGGGAAUCCCGACGUGGCUAGCGAUUUUGAUGUUCAAUUUGCUUACUCGCCUCUUCACAAUAUACCGACAAACGUUGAGAACUAUCCGGCCCUUUUAGUGACGACAGCGGACCAUGACGAUCGAGUAGUGCCGUCGCAUUCAUUGAAGUACAUAGCUGAAAUUCAACAUCGGCUAGGGGCUAAAAACAAGAAUCCCCUCUUGGCCUUCAUCGGCACUAAGGCUGGUCACGGCGGGGGCAAACCGACGACAAAAAUUAUCGAAGAGCUGGUUAAUAUCACAUGCUUCUUAUACAAACAGUUAGACCUGAAGUAUAGCAAAUAAAACUCUGAUCUGCUGUAUUCAGUUGAAAAAUGCAUUAGGGAGAUGCUGUCUAAAAGAAACGGCAGUUUCAAAAAAAUGACAACCAGUUAUGGAUCAAUGCUUCCUAUCGGUUUCAAUGUGAUUAAUAUGGAGGAACUCAGUAUUUAACAUGACAAAUAAUCUAUAACAAUUAUGAAAUUGUUGAUUCAAAAAUUACAAUGCGUACUAUUUUUUGAGUGAUUUUUUAGUGCUGCCAUUGUUUAGUGAAACAGAUGCGUAAAAUC